CGUGCGUUGGCUUACUCCUUUCUGCCUAUUGACGCGGCCGAGGAAGCAUCGCUGAGGGCUCCCGUUUCCCAGCCGUCAUGUCUAAGUCAGAGUCUCCCAAGGAGCCGGAACAGCUGCGGAAGCUCUUCAUUGGAGGGCUGAGCUUCGAAACAACCGACGAGAGUCUGAGGAGCCAUUUUGAGCAAUGGGGAACACUCACGGACUGCGUGGUCAUGAGAGAUCCAAACACCAAACGAUCCAGGGGCUUUGGGUUUGUUACAUACGCCACUGUGGAGGAAGUGGUUGCCGCUAUGAAUGGAAGGCCCCAUAAGGAGGAUGGAAGAGUUGUGGAACCUAAGAGAGCUGUGUCAAGAGAGGAUUCUCAGAGACCAGGUGCCCACUUAACCGUGAAGAAGAUCUUUGUCGGUGGCAUUAAAGAAGACACGGAGGAACACCACCUGAGAGACUAUUUUGAGCAGUAUGGGAAAAUUGAAGUGAUUGAAAUCAUGACUGACAGAGGCAGUGGAAAAAAGAGAGGUUUUGCUUUUGUCACCUUUGAUGACCAUGACUCUGUGGACAAGAUUGUUAUUCAGAAGUACCAUACUGUGAACGGGCACAACUGUGAAGUAAGAAAAGCCCUAUCCAAGCAGGAGAUGGCUAGUGCUUCGUCCAGCCAAAGAGGUCGAAGUGGUUCUGGAAACUUUGGUGGUGGUCGUGGAGGCGGUUUUGGCGGCAAUGACAAUUUUGGUCGAGGGGGAAACUUCAGGGGUCGUGGUGGCUUCGGUGGCAGCCGUGGUGGUGGUGGAUAUGGUGGCAGUGGGGAUGGCUAUAAUGGAUUUGGUAAUGAUGGAAGCAAUUUUGGAGGUGGUGGAAGCUACAAUGAUUUUGGCAAUUACAACAAUCGGUCUUCAAAUUUUGGACCAAUGAAAGGAGGAAACUUUGGAGGCAGAAGCUCUGGCCCUUAUGGUGGUGGAGGCCAGUACUUUGCUAAACCACGAAAUCAAGGUGGCUAUGGUGGUUCCAGCAGCAGCAGCAGCUAUGGCAGUGGCAGGAGGUUCUAAUUACAGCCAGGAAACAAACCUUAGCAGGAGAGGAGAGCCAGAGAAGUGACAGGGAAGCUACAGGUUACAACAGAUUUGUGAACUCAGCCAAGCACAGUGGUGGCAGGGCCUAGCUGCUACAAAGAAGACAUGUUUUAGACAAUACUCAUGUGUAUGGGCAAAAAAACUCGAGGACUGUAUUGUGACUAAUUGUAUAACAGGUUAUUUUAGUUUCUGUUCUGUGGAAAGUGUAAAGCAUUCCAACAAAGGGUUUUACUGUAGACCUCUUCUCACCCAUGCUGUUGAUUGCUAAAUGUAAUAGUCUGAUCAUGA